CGACUCCGUACUUCCUUUGCGUGACUUUCUUAAACAGGCUCAGUCGAGAUGCGAGUUUGCAAAAAUCACCAUGGGCGAACACUCAUGCGAGGUUGCUGUACGUGUGCUUGGUUCUGGUCCUUCUGGAUAUACUGGGUCCACUGCUUUUCCAAUUUCCAAUGAGUAUGAGAUUGAGAGCGAAACAACAUGGGAAUUUCGAAUUAAGAAGUUCACAAGAAUCAUGGAUGGCCUUGAUCAAUUACCUGCUCCCCUACCACUCUUUUAUUUUGGUGAAGGAAAACUUAUGUAUGAGCUUUUAUCAGCUGAAGGUGUUGUCAUAGCAAGGGCCAUACAUACUACUGAUGAUCAGUUGGAUCUCUAUAGCCCUCCUUCAAGGGAUGAUGAUGAUGAUUCGUUUGUUGAGGAACAAGUUGAUGCUUAUGAUCCCAGGUACCUGCAUGUUGGUGAUGGAGCGUCUUCUGAAAGUGUUCAUUCCGAUUCGCUUGAUUAUCCCAAUGAAGAGUCGAGCGAUGGCGGUAAAGGAAGUGAUGGUUGGGGAUCGGAUGUAAUCCCAUGAAGGCAGUAGUAUGGUUUUAUGAGCUACAAAGGAGGAGGAGUUAGGAAGUAUGUAUGUAUGGUGUUCCUGUGUCUUAGCUUCAACUUGGGUAGCUGUUGUUUCUUUUAAAAUUCAAGUUGUAAGAUAAGAACCCAUGAAGGAAGUAGUUGAUUGGAAGUUUGAUAGGGGUAUAUUUUGAAUAGGAUUAGAUCUGAAUUUGCAUUGGAAGUUAUGAGCUUCAGUUUUAUGGAGCUUCCAUGAAUUUCUUUCUCAGUAGUUUUAUAAGUUUGUUUAUGUUCCUUGGAUAUAUGCAGUGGUUGGUUAUCUUUUCAUCUUC